CUGCGCUCCGGCAGCGCGCCGUGACGUUGAGCGGGAGGGCCCGGCAGCAGCGGAGAUGGCAUCAUCAGACUCAGUCACAACUUGUCUUUCUUCACCUGUGCAUUAUGUGAUUUGCAAACUUGGCUUUGAGAAAAAAGACAUCUAUGAUAUUAAUAAUAUUGUGUCUGAAAAUGGAGAAGUAUGUUGGCAAUCUAUUACAGAGCACGUGCAUUAUCUUGAAUCAGACCGAAGUGUGGAUUAUAUAAAAAGCAUACGAUCUCUUGGACCUGUAUGUGAAUCUGUUAAUUUGCACUUCAAAUCUCUGACCAAGGACAAAUUUGUAGUUCAGUAUGCAUUGUGGUUCCAGUGGACAAACUACGCAGAGUUAUUUCUUGAAGUGUUUGAUGUUCUACAAUAUGCCCAAUCUACAGAAGUUGCUCUUGGAUUAAUGAAACUAACAUCGUGCUUGGAGAGAGCUUUGGGUGAUGUAAGUGCCACUAUGAAGAUUCAAUUGCAGGUACAUUUACUGAUUGGUAAAGAUUGUCCCUUCCUUCUAAGAGAUUUGCUUGCUUCUGAGCAGCUUGCAGUUGUUUUUGGACAAGUUGUAAUGGAUGUACUCAGGAUAUUCAUUGGAUCACCGUAUGGUCUGAAUCUUCGUAAUGUUUUGUGGCAUGGGUUUGCAUCCCCACAAGAAAUUCCUGCAAAAUAUUGUGCUAUGCUGCUUUUUUUAACUGCAGGAUUGGGUCAGUUGUUACAGACAUAUCUUCUGAAAACUAAAUAUGUUUUAGUACAUCGACCUUAUGUGACCUUCUUUAGAUUAGAGGAUCUUGAUGCAUUUCCAGAUCUUAAUCAUGAAACACUUUGUGUAGCGGAAGAGCUACUGCAAGUGUCUAACUUUGUGCUAAGAACAAUGUUACCAUUUUGGAUGUCUGCUUUAACAGCUUUCAAGCAAAGUAGGUAUGCUGACUGUGUGAUUCUCUUACUUCCUCAGCUGGAAGCUGGACUUAGAUUGCUCUUCACUACAACUAAUAACUGUCCUAAUAGAUUGCUAACAGCUGAGUCUUCUGCUUUCUACACCACUUUUGAUGAGAUGCUAACAAAGCAUUUGGAUAAUGAAGAAAUCAAUCAGCUUCCUUCAGUUCUUGAAGAACCUGCUAUGGAAUUUCUUUGGGACUUCUUGAACCACCAGGAGGGUCCACGCAUAAGAGACCAUUUAAGCCAUGGAGAGAUCAAUCUAAAAGCAUUUCCCAGAGAAAUAGCCAAUCAGUUGGUGGCGUUUGCAAUUACAUUACUCUGCAGGUUCUCGGAUGAAGACAUGGUUGCUUUUAAGGAACACUUGAUCAUAAAGCCACUGAUGAACUGUGCAAGUUGCUACCGCUCUCGAUUUCAUCCAAUUUCCAGACUUAAGAAACAGGUGCUAGAAUGUAUGAAGAGCAUUCACUUGUGGCAUGAAUUACCAACAGUGACUGAGGAACAAAUUCAAACACUUAAAGGGUUGGAAGGAAAUACUGAAGCUAGUAUGUUAGUUUUAAAGGUGGCUGAAAUUCUCUCUCAGUUGCAGCAGUAUUUGCCCUGUAACUUCUAUAAUUCAGAUGACCCAAUGAGUACUGUUGCAACAGAGAGACUGUUGCUAGAACUUUGUGCUAGGCACAUUAGCACACUCUAUUCUCCAAGACCUGUUCUGGAAGUGUUAGUGGUACUCCGUAAAAUAUGCACACAGUGCCAUCAAGUGUCUGAACAAGUUAUUGCCAGCAUUAAGUUGAGAUACCAACAGUGGACAGAAAAGACUCUACGUUCUUGCCAGAGGCAUAACUAUCUACGAAUGUUGAACAGCAUUAAGUUUUUAUCUCCGGUGUUACGGCUCAUCUUAGUGUUGAUUACUCUGGAACUUGUUAAUGUCCACUUGGUCUGUAAGAAGAAUCCUUCUGAUUAUCAUCAGUAUCUAAAGUUUUUGAAGUCAGUCUUGCAGUAUGCUGAGAACUUGGUGACAUACACAAGCCUUGAGAAAAACAAGUGGGAUGAAACCAUACAGCUAACAAAUAAGGCUUUGUUAAAAAUAAGGAAAUUCAGUGAUGGAAAGCUGACAUUGAUACAGUCAGCUACAUAAAUACUUUUAAUGUUAUUUGGACGUUGUUAUAUCUUAAAUGCUUUGGAGUCCUCAUGCUUGUCAAGUCUAAGAUUUAAAAGCAAACUUCAUCAUUGUAAAAUUUUGGAUGCAAAAGUCAUUAUUUCUAUUCUAAGGCUGUUGACAGCAGAGUUAAGAUCAGGCUUCUGAGGAAUGGGCUGUUCAUCAAAUUCACUGAAAAAGGUUGAAUGUGAACCAGGUCAGGAUGGUGCAUGUUCUACUUCAAGUAUAUAAUGUAUUUUGUAGAUUGGUUUUAAAAAAAAAAAAAAGAUUUUUAUUACACUGUAAGUAUCUAAGAAUAUGAAUAAAUACUCUGAAAAUUUUUAAA